CGCCCUGGCGGAGGUUAACAGCACGGUGGAGUUAUAUGUGAGAUAAACUGUCUUCUUCAUGAUGAGCUGAGAGGAGACACGUCACUAACAGGUGAGAGGAGACACGUCACUAACAGGUAUGAGUGUGAUGUCAUCAGUGAUGCGUGGCGCCCGGCGGCUCGUCCUCGCUGACCCGGCGCUGAUCAGCAGCUUCCUGUCUGUCCCCCGCUCCGCCCCCCCCCUCACCUGCCAGAGCAGGAAGUUCGCCAGCAAACAGGUCAAAGGUCAGAGGAAGGAUCAGAAGAGCAAGGGCAAACCUAAAGAGGACAAACAGGAAGUGGAGAUCCGGCAGAGGAUGACGGUGCAGGCACUCGCUCACGCCAUGAACAAAGACUUCGAUCACGUGUUGGAGGCGCUGCUGAACACGACGGUGGACGUAGACGCGCUGGAGCCGAGCUCGGUUCUGGAGGAGCAGUGGAUCAAAGAGGCGGUGACUCGGUCCGGCAUGAAGUUCAGAUGGGCCAAACUGAGCCAGAACCGCGAGAGAGAGAACCGGGAUGCACACCGCAGACCCCCCGCUGACCCCGCCCUGCUGAAGCCCCGCCCCCCCGUUGUCACCAUCAUGGGUCACGUGGAUCACGGUAAGACGACGCUGCUGGACAGUCUGAGGAAGAGUCAGAUCGUGUCUACGGAGGCCGGCGGCAUCACGCAGCACAUCGGAGCCUUUCUGGUCCAGCUGCCGACCGGAGAGCGGAUCACCUUCCUGGACACUCCGGGUCACGCUGCCUUCUCCUCCAUGAGAGCCCGCGGAGCCAACGCUACCGACAUCGUAGUUCUGGUGGUGGCGGCUGACGACGGCGUCAUGAACCAGACGGUGGAGUCAAUCCAGCACGCUAGGAGGGCCGGAGUCCCAAUCAUCGUGGCCGUUAAUAAGUGUGAUAAAUCUCAGGCCGACCCUCAGAGAGUCAAACAGGAACUUUUGUCUCAUGACGUCGUCUGUGAAGAGUUGGGAGGAGACGUCCAGUCGAUCCACGUCUCUGCUCUCAAGGGCGACAACCUGCUGGCUCUGGCCGAGGCCACGGUGGCGCUGGCCGAGGUUUUAGAGCUGAAGGCCGAACAGAGCGGACUGGUGGAAGGACUGAUCAUCGAGAGCCGCACUGACAAGGGGAAAGGGCCCGUAACGACCGCCGUCAUCCAGCGGGGAACGCUGAGGCGAGGCUGCGUGCUGGUGGCGGGGAAGAGCUGGGCUAAAGUCCGCUUCCUGUUUGAUGAGAACGGGAAAGUGAUGACGGAGGCGGGACCGAGCGAUGCGGUGGAAGUGGUUGGUUGGAAGGAGCUGCCGUCUGCUGGGGAGGUGAUCCUGGAGGUGGAGUCUGAGCAACGAGCGAGGGAGGUGGUGGAGUGGAGGAGUUACGAGGAGGAGCAGCAGAAGCUGGAGGAGGAGCAGCGCGUCAUCGAGGUGAAGCAGAAACAACAUCUGGACGAGUACAGGAAGGAGCGAGCAGAUCUGUCUCACCUGAGCUGGAGGCAGAGGAAGUCGGUUCUGUACCGAGCCAACAAGACCAAGUUCGCUAUGAGACCCAGCGAGAAGGUGGAGCGGGAGGAGCUGCUGCUGCCGCUGGUCAUUAAAGGUGACGUGGACGGCUCGGUGGAGGCCAUCCUGAAGGUGCUGGACAGCUACGACGCUCAGGAGCAGUGUCAGCUGGAGCUCGUUCACUUCGGCAUCGGAGACGUUUCCGAAAACGACGUAAACCUGGCCGAGACGUUCGGAGGUUCCAUCUACGGAUUCAACGUGACGGCCAACAAGUCGAUCCAGCAGCUGGCGGAGAGGAAAGGUGUGCCGCUGCGUCUUCACCGCGUCAUCUACAAGCUGAUCGACGGGGUGAAGGAAGAGCUGAGCAGCAAACUGCAGCCGCUCGUCACGGAGAACACCGUCGGUGAGGCCACGGUGCUCGCCGUGUUCGACGUCACCGUGGGGAAGAAGAAGGUCGCCGUCGCCGGCUGCCGAGUUCAGAAAGGUCAACUGGACCGGCGGCACAAAUUCAGACUCAUCAGGGGACAGAACGCCAUCUGGGAGGGUUCUCUGAAGCAGUUGAAGCAUCACAAAGACGACGUGCAGACGGUGCGGUCGGGGAUGGAGUGCGGUUUGUCAGCUGACUCCGACAUCGAGUUCACCGCCGGUGAUGUCAUCGUCUGCUUCGAGGAACAGGAAGUACCACAGGUCACUUCCUGGGACCCCGGCUUCUAA